GUACGGUCCUACUGCCCGUAAGACGCACCGCCGUGAUGGUUUUGUUACUGGCCUGGACGACGUACUUUGGCGCGGGGACGCUGCGGCGGUGCAAGGACUGGAGAUCCGAGAGAACUCUGUUCGAAUCGGCCUUUAAAGUGUGCCCCGAUGGCAUCAAGACACUCAACAACCUCGCCGUGGGCAUGCUCAACGAGAAAGAGGCCGGCCGCGCUGAGGAGCUUCUCCGGAGGGCCGUCGAGCUGCACCCAGACUUUGGGUUUGCACAGUUCAACCUCGGGGUUAGUCUAAUGAUACAACGGGACCAUCUCGGCGCAGUGUCUGCCUUGGAACGAAGCCUGAGGCUUGAGCCCUCGAACACCAAGGUCAUGGUCUACCUUGGACAGGUGUACCUGGAGCUAACCUUGAAGCGGUUAGAACCCUUGCCCCAGAGAGACCACGGAAACGGCGUUGACGCUGGAUUCGACGACACACAACACCACGACGGUGGAGCCAUUGCGGGUGACGGCCAAACGGAUGCCAGCAACGACAUGCGCUCAUCAUCAGCUGAGUCGCUCUUAUCGAGCGCGGAGUUGAACACCGACCGGGCGUUGGCGGCGGGAACGGGGCUGCCUCUCGCCAGGCUCGUUAAGGGGCAGGCACUAGCCCUCAGGGGUCAGCAUCAGAGUGCUGCAAAGUUCUUCCAGGAAAGCAUCGACAUUUCACGGCGUCUACUCUCCGGCCGAAGCGCAGCCAAGGUCCGCAACAACGAAAGCAACAACCCGGUAAUCGCGGCAGAGACCAUUGAAGUGGCGGACGCCGUUGACCUUGCGAGCACCUACAACCGACUGGGUCUGACUUUGAGAGAUUCAGGGGAAGAUUUGGUUGCCACCAAGGAGGCAUUUUUGGCGGGACUGUCGGUGACACCCGACGACCUCGCUCUCCUCGUCAACGGGGGAGUGGCGCACCAGACGGCAGGUGAUAUCCCUGGCGCUAAAGCCCUUUUCCAUCGAGCCCUCUCCCUGCAACCAAACUCGCCGGAGUUGCUAAACAACCUAGGCUGGCUGGAGGAACAGACCGGCGGCGGGUCGAAAUUGUCGCUAGAGACCGCGGCCGGGUUGUACGAGAGAGCUAUAAGGUUGUUGGAUGAGAGAUCCCCCGUGCUCGGGCGCGUGGAAGCAAAUCUUAGCAGCGUUCAGAAUAGGCUGCUGCUGAAGGAAGUUGAAGAUUGGCCUCCAGCAACGGCAAAGAUAGACGAGAGGUUGGAGGACCCAUACUACUUUGUAAACCGACAGUAA